AUGUCAGGCAACGCACUACCAAGGGCUAUAUUACAUGCCGUCUAUGGAAGUACUACCUCCCGAUGUAUUCCUCAGUUGCAACGAAUAACAAUAAAGUGCUGCAAAUUUCGAAAGGAUAGUCGUGGAAUCAGGGAGUAUAUAGAGAAUCACUUGGUGGACUUUGCCCGAGAAAAUCCAGCAACUGCUGUAUACGUUAAGCCACGAAGAAACAGACCUCCACUUUUAGUUGCUGAAUAUCUUUGUGGUAACUGGCAGUAUGUACAUGGAAAGGAUAUGACCUGUGAAGAAAUAUCUAACUGGAUGAAUUUUCUACGUACUCGUUCUGGGGUGCACAUUUUCCCAAUAUAUAAAUAUUGGUCAACCAAACGCCCUUCAAUUCAAGGCAUGUGGCAUCCAUUUUACGAACAUAUGAAUGGUCAGGCACUGAAACAAACACCAGAUGAAAUUGCUGGCAAUAUUUGUCGGUUUAGCCAAGCUGAACAGAUGAAGGAAAUAUCCGCUGAAGAAAUAUUACUAGAAAAGGUUAAACUUCAACAGUACCGUAUACGUGACUCAUCCAGUUAA